ACCAGUUUAUUCAUCAGUUUCUUUGUCAUCCUCAUCCUUGAUAUCAUCCUAAGUUUCUUCUUCUGCUCAUUCACUUUUAUCUUCAGUUUCUUCUUCCGUUUUGUUCUCAUUUUCUUCUUCAACUUUUUCGGUCUCAUCUGAUUCUUGUUCAACAUCAAGCCUACCCUCAACUUUUUCUCCCGCUUCUUCAGCUUCUUUAAUUUCUUUCGCUUCUUCUUCAGCUUUGGUUUCAUCCAGCAUUUUAUCUUUUGUUUCUUCAGUUUUAUCAUCUGGAUCUUCUUCAACGUUGAGCUCAUCAUCUGAAUCUUCUUCAAUGUUAAGCCCAUCCUUAGAUUCUUCUUCAAUUUCUUCCUUGGUUUCUUCUUCAGCUUCUUCAGCUUUUUCUUUAUAUUAUAUCUCCUCUAAUUCACUUUCCUUGCUUGUCACCUUUCCUAACUCAAUUUCUUCUUCCUUAUCACAUUUAAUAUCUUCAUCUUCAUUGUCUAAUUUUUCUCUUGGAUCUUCAAGCUCCACCAUUAGUUCUUCCUCAUUAUCAUCUUCAAUCAUAAUUUUAUCCUUAUCUUCUGCUGACUCCUCUCAAAAUUCCUCCUUAUUGUUAUCAUUAUCAUCUUCGCUUUCUCCUUCAACUCCAGUUUCUCUGUCACCCUUGAUCUCUUCCUCAAUUAUAUCUUCUUCAAUAUCAGCACCUUCAUUCACUGCCUCAUCAAGUGUAAUUUCAUCCACAAUUCUGUUUUUUGGCUCAAGUUUCAGUAAAGAUACUUCAUCUAUAUUUUCAACUUCAGCAAUAACUAUCACAUCCAGUUACACCUCAGUUAUUAUCAGCUGUUUCCCGAAGAUUGAUUCUAAUGGAGUUGCUACUGGUACUGCAACAGUUGAAAGUACCGUGACGUUAUACACGACUUACUGCCCAGAAACUUUAGGCAGCAGAAACACAGCUAAAUCUAUCACUUCGACCAUUAUUUCUGUUGUUUCCACUCUCAUUCCUCAGAUCAAUGACAAAAGCGUUACUACAGAUUUUGAUACAAUAAAAAGCACAGUUACUUUUUAUAGUACGUUCUGUCCUAUUUCUGAAGCAGUCACUUAUUAUACCACAACUUCGGUUCCUGUGACAAAUGAAUUUGGUUCAACCAUCAGUUGGAAAAGCUAUGAAGCAUCAAUAAUUAAGACAUAUGUCACUGUUGUUCCAGCUUCUGAGAAACCAACAAGUGCUCACUUAGCUACUGCUACAGUCUAUCCAAUCUCUUACAUUGUUGCUGAAACAAAUAAAAAGGGAGAAAUUACUGGUUAUUCAAUCUCAGUUGACUUUACCCCACCAGAAUCAACACCAUCAUCAAAAACAGUUACUACUUUUGUUUCUUACAAAGGUGUGAAAAAUGAAACUUCUAUUCCUACAAUUGCUGUGGCUUCCAGUUCAGAAUGUGGUUCAUUUGGUGUCCCAAUUCCAACAGUUGAGCAAGUUAAUGGCAGCAAUUCUGCCAAUUACUUCGCUAAUAAUGUGUUUAUGACAAUGAUUGGUUUUGUAUUUGCACAAAUCUUGCUGUUAUUAUAGGGAAUCCAAUUCACUUUUAGCGAGUUUUAGUUUUCUGCAGCCUGGUGUG